GAGCAUCUUUCUGAUUGAAUUCAUGCGAUUUGCCAAUAGCAUGUUUCGAAAAUUUUUGCUUCCUAAUUUCCUUGGCUGAAAUUCAAGCCAUCAUAUGAAUCGCAAGAAUAUAAACUGUUGAUGUGAUUUACUAAUUAUUUCAGGCUUCAAAACCUUUUGCUUCCUAAUUUCCAUGGAUGAAACUUCUUAAGGUUGUGUUAGUAAAUUUUAUCAUUUUCAUAAAUAAGAAUUUCUGAUUCACAAAUCUUAUUAUGUUUUUAGGCUGUUUUUCUCAAGCCUCCCCUAAAUAUUGUUGGAGGCUGGAGUUUUAUAUUUGCCAAAGGUAGUCCGCCGUAACACUAUGACUGACACCGCUUUAGAAUUCUCUCUUCCCCAACAUAUGCAGCCUCAAUCUCAGGUCAGAUUCUUCCCCUUUUUGUUCUUAAGGUCAAGUUUGCAAUAAUUGUAUCAAUUUUGUAUAUAUAAGAAUUCUCACUUCUUAAAUCUUAUGAUGUUCUUGGUUAUUUGAGUUCUCAGAGGCUCAUUAUUUGAAAUUUAAUAUGGUGUGAUGCUCAAAUUAUAAUUUGGGAUUCCACUAAUUAUUGGUUUCGAACAUGCAAUUCGAUAAUUUUUUUGAAAUUUUGAUUAUUUGAUGUGAGUGUAGUGUUGGAGAGAAGAUCAAUUUUUAUUGAAAAGUUCACAUAUGCAAUCCACCAUAUAUUCUCAGUUGAAUUUGUUUUGAAAUCAUAUACUUCAUAUACUACGUAUGUUCUUAGAACAAUUGGCAUUAUGUAGCUGUAAAUACUCAUCUCCAAUAUGUAGAAUUGCCCAAGCAAACUCAGAGUGAAAAAAAGUCAACUAUUUACUCUGUAUUCUUUUUUUGGUGAAAAAUCAUUUUCCGUUUCUAUUUCCACCCAGAGACCCAUCAGGUCAACCUCCAGAGACCCAUCCAGACAGGUCAACCUUCCAGUUGCAUUUUUAUAAAUCAUAAUAUAAACUUCAGCGAUCUAGCUAAUUUCUUUGCUUAAUUGAUAUGUCUUCCAAAAUCAUUCACCCUUUGAUGAAGAUCACUCUGACGAGUGAAUGUUAAAGAGUUUUGGUUCGAGUGAUUCGACUGAAUACCUUGCCGAUGUACAAUGAUGACAAGGGGAUGAAUUCAAUUGAGACGGUACUCAUGGACGAACACGUAAGUAGAUCCUUACAUGCGUGUUUCUUUUAUUUAUUGAACCAAUGAUUAUAUAACCCGUGUUUCAAAGUUCUUCUAAAUCAAUAUUUCUGAGUAUUUAUUGGCGAGUGUUCUUUGUGUUAGAUGAAUCGAUGGUGUGCGUGCUUCAAGUUUCUUUUAGCCAAACAAUGAAUUUCUAAUCUUGAACCAAUCAAGUAUUUUGCACAGUUGUGUGAAUGAGUUGGUUUAGUAAACACGGUUGGUUCAAUGAGUUGUCUUUCCAUUGUUAUUGUUUAAUAAAGUGUUUCCAAUGUUCUGUUUGUUUCAAUUUUCUUUUAACUAAUCAGCGUCUUUCCACUCAUGAAGCAAUUCAGUAUUCUGCACAGUAAUUUGAGUCAGUUGGUUCAAUAAACACAGAUGGUUUAGUCAGAACACUGGAUUUGUAUUGUGUUAGAUCUCAGAGUCUUUCAAAUUGUAUUGUUUAAUGAGUGUUAUGGCUAUUCAAAAGUAGGUCAUACUCCGUAAUACUUUUCAGGUUAACUAAACGCAAUGUUGGAUGGGACUGGGGUGAUUCCCCUUAAGAGCCAAUUUUAGAGAGGAUCUGGGAGAGGAGGGAAAUACCAUUGCUUAAAGUUCUGUUUAAAAAUGAACCCUUCAAUUAUUAUAGUAGUUUUUUUAUUCUAUUAGGCUAAUGUGAGAUUUAACCAAUAUGCAAAGCUGCAUUAUAGUUGUGUUAAACCUCUAGAAAUAUGUCACAGCACAUGGUGUUUUGUCACUUUUGCACAUGGUGUUUUGUCACUUUUGUGGACACACUUUUGAAAACUCUCACCUAAUUAUCUUCCAACGAAAGGAGAUGGUUAACAAGCUCCAUGCUUUAGUCAAAGCUUUUUAAGGAAGCGAUCCCGCAAAAAUCUAACAGUUCUCAACUCUGCACCAUUUCCCUCUCGUCCGUCUUUCCCUAGAUUCGAAAAUGGUAGCCACCUUUCUCUCAGUCUUCCCCUGCCCGCCAAAACCAUUCUGCACUUGGAAAUCCUAGUUUCAUAUUCUACACAUCGAAUUUCCAAUCUCAGCUCCCAUUUUCACUGAAGUUCACUGUUAUCUGUCGAUCUAGGGUUUCAGCUGUUCCAUUUCGCGACAUUAUGAUGUCGUCUCAGCCCUCUCCCGGCAAAAUCCACCGGUUGGAGCUCGAGAACUUCAAGUCCUACAAGGGAUUCCAAAUGAUUGGCCCGUUCUACGACUUCACAGCCAUCAUUGGGCCCAAUGGAUCCGGCAAAUCCAACCUCAUGGAUGCCAUCAGCUUUGUCCUUGGCGUCCGGACUGGACAGCUCCGUGGCGCGCAGUUGAGGGAUCUUAUUUAUGCUUUUGAUGAUAAAGAGAAGGAGCAGAGGGGCCGGAAAGCUUUUGUCAGGUUGGUUUAUCAGCUGGCCAGCGGUACUGAAAUUCAGUUCACGCGCACGAUUACUAGUGCAGGUGGCAGCGAGUACAGGAUUGAUGGCAGGGUGGCCAACUGGGACGAGUACAAUGCCAAAUUGAAAUCCCUUGAUAUCCUUGUCAAAGCCCGGAACUUUCUUGUGUUUCAGGGUGAUGUGGAGUCAAUUGCAUCUAAAAAUCCAAGAGAGCUAACUGCAUUGCUUGAGCAAAUUUCUGGUUCUGAGGAUUUUAAGAGGAGAUAUGAGGAAUUAGAAGAGGAAAAAGCUAGAGCUGAAGAAAAAAAGGCACUUGCUUAUCAGAAGAAGAAAACAGUAACUAUGGAGCGAAAACAGAAGAAGGAACAGAAAGAAGAGGCCGAAAGACAUCUUCGCUUGCAGAAGGAGCUGAAAAAGCUGAAGCAAGAGUACUUUCUGUGGCAAUUGUUGAAUGUAGAGAAUGAUGUAGCAAAAUCCACGAAGGACCUUGAAGACGAAGAAAUAAGACGAAGAGAAAUUGUUGAUCAACUGGAAAAGUACGAAAAUGAAGCAAGAGAAAAGAAGAAAAAACUAAGUGGAUACUUGAAAGAAGUUGCAUUGCAUGAGAGGAAGGCUGCUGAGAAAAAGAGUAAACUUGAUAAGAUUCAAUCUGAAGUUGUAAAAAAGAAGGAAGAAGCAUCUCGCAUCAGUUCAAAAAUUAAAAGUACGAGUAAAGAGAUAGAAAAGAGACAAGGAGAAAAGAAGAAACACGCUGAGGAGGUACAGAGACUUCAGAGAGACCUGAAGGAUAUUAAUGAUCAACUGGAUAAGUUGCGUCAGAAAAGUCACGAUGCUGGUGGGAAACUUCAAUUAGCCGACAGUGAGUUGGCGACAUAUCAUCAAAUCAAGGAAGAAGCUGGCAUGAAAACUGCAAAACUGAGGGAUGAAAAGGACGUUUUAGACAGGAAACAGAACACUGAUAUUGAAGCUCAAAAGAAUUUGGAGGAAAAUCUUCAACAGUUGGAGAAUCGGAAGCAAGAGCUGGAGUCACAAGAGAAACAAAUGCAAAGUAGAUUGGAAAGAAUUCUCGAGGCAGUAAGAAAAAACAAGGAAGAGUUAGAUUCAGCAAAGAAAGAACAACAUAAGAUGAGAGUUAGACAUGAAGAUUCCAGGCGCAAAUAUGAAAUGCUGAGGUCAAAAAUUGAAGUUGUAGAUAAUCAAUUACGUGAGCUGAAGGCUGACCGGCAUGAAAGCGAGAGAGAUACAAAAAAUUCUCAAGCAGUUGAAACAUUGAAGCGUCUCUUCCCUGGUGUUCAUGGUCGUAUGAUUGAUCUUUGUAAGCCAACACAAAAGAAAUAUAAUCUUGCGGUAACUGUUGCAAUGGGCAGAUUUAUGGAUGCAAUAGUUGUUGAAGAUGAUCACACAGGCAAGGAAUGCAUCAAGUAUUUGAAGGACCAAAGGCUUCCUCCCCAGACAUUUAUACCACUUCAAUCUGUCCGUGUGAAACCGAUAAUGGAGCGUUUACGUGCAUUAAAUGGAACUGCAAAAUUAGUGUUUGAUGUCAUCCAAUUCAAUCCAGCAUUGGAGAGGGCAAUAGUAUUUGCUGUUGGUAAUACCUUAGUUUGUGAUGUGCUUGAUGAAGCCAAGCAUCUUAGCUGGGAGGGUGAAAGAUUUAAGGUUGUGACUAUUGAUGGUAUUCUGCUGACAAAAUCGGGUACAAUGACGGGCGGUUCUAGCUCAAGUAUUGAAGUACGCUCACAUAAAUGGGAUGACAAAAGAGUUGAAGAACUGAAGAAGAAAAAAGAAGCACUUGAAUCAGAAUUGGAGGAUCUUGGUUCAAUAAGAGAUAUGCAUCUCAAGGAGUCAGAAAUAUCAGGCAAAAUAAGCGGGCUUGAAAAGAAGAUUCACUAUGCAGAAAUUGAACAGAAAAGCAUUGCUGAUAAACUUACAAACUUGAACCGUGAAAGGGACACAAUUGGAAAUGAGAUUGGUCGCUUGAAGCCUGAACUUAAGAAGUUGGAAAGUGUCAUUCGUGAAAGGGCUUCUGAAAUCCUGUCUCUAGAGAAGAGAAUCAAUGACAUUGUUGAUCGCAUCUACAAGAGAUUCAGCGAGUCUGUUGGCGUUAAAAAUAUUCGUGAGUAUGAAGAGAACCAUCUCAAAGCUGUAGAACAGAUGGCCGAGGAAAGGCUAAGCCUUCACAAUCAACAAUCAAAGAUUAAAUAUCAGUUGGAGUAUGAGCUGAAGCGGGACAUGGACUCAAGGAUUAAAAAAUUGCAGACAACACUUGCCAAGUUAAAAAAUGAUUUGUCAUUGGUUGAGGAGAGUGAGAAGGAAUUGACAUCAACAAUCGAGAUAAUAGGCAGGGAAAUUAAGCAUCACAAUGAAGUAGUUAUGGGUAUGUAAUUCAACUUUCAUAUUUGUGUUGCUUCAAAAAGGUGUUGAGUUCACUUUUCUUUGGUUUUGGAUCUUGAAGCCUUUCAUAAUGUAAAGCAAAAUUUGACUAUAUUAGCAUUUUAAAAAACAAAUACCAUUUUAAAAUGUACUCCCUCCUUCUUUAAUGAACUGUACACUUUACU